AUGAUAAGAACGGGAGUACGAUUGCGAUGUCUCUUUAAUACUUCAGUCAUCUGCAGGAGUUCUCAUUUAUCCACACACUUGCAGCAGAUAUGUUGUCUUCUUCCUUUAGGUAUUGGGGCAUCUUGUACGAUGGCAGAUGCUCAAUGUUUGUUUCUUCACUGCUACCGUUUGCAGGAAGAAGGAAAUAUAAAACACGAUAUGAAUAACGUAAUAAAGGAAUUUGAAAAGAAUUUGAUUGAACUGCAACGUUUAGGUUUAUUCUUAUUACCACAACAAGGUGGUGAUGGAUUAAAUGAGAGAGAAGGAUCAAAAGUGAUGUAUCGUGCAUCUACGAUUACUGUUGAAUUAAAUUCUAUAGAUAUAGGGUCAUCAUCUGGUAUGGAAAAAAAGAAUAGUAAUGAAGAUAAGGAUAAGGUAUUAUUUCAACUUUUACAUGGUGUUAUUAUUCCAUUGUUAUACUCUCAACUCGUUAGUACUACUGCAGGAAACCCAAAUCGUAUUCGAUCAUCAUCAUCAUCAUCGUCAGACGAAGUUUCGGUAGAGGCCUGUCUUGUCAUACUUGAGCAAAUGAGAGGAUCAUCAUCUAUUCUUGCUGGAAAUGGAAAUGCCUGUCGGUUUAUGGGAGAUCUUGUAAAUGAGGCUUUUCUUCUUGGUGUCCGUGAGCGAAUUCUGCAUCCGUGUGAUAAUGGUCUCUUUCGUCUACACCGUGAUAUUAUAAAAUACUCUUAUCCACAACAAGAAAAAAAUCAAAAACAUUAUGAUUCUAAUUUUCAUUCCCCAACGUGUUUACUUUCCCUGCAGUGGUGGUGGUGGCGAAGUGUGGCCCCAUUUGCAUGGGAAUCUCUGAAGCGGCGUGUGGGGCCUGACGGUUGUGUGAAUGCCCCCGAUGUGUGGAUGGAUCUUGUGCAGGCACGUGUACAGCACUUACUGCAGAAACAGGACCAUUCACUUCCACCACUUCUCACAAAAACACAAAAAGAGACGGCGAUGUCGUUUGUGGCGGCAGCAGCGCCUUGUUGGAGUUAUGCGCCUCGCGUGGUGUUGCCAAAGUGGCGACUGCAAUUGUCAAAUGCGGCCCGUGUAGAACUCGCUAUGCGAACAUUAACAUCUAUCAAGUCAUCUCUUGCAAGGCGGCCGGCUGGAGUGCCAAUGAAUGAACUUUCAGUACUGGUCUCGUGGCCUACAAUUGCUACACUAUUGCGAAAGAGAAGUUUUCUAAAAGUGCUUUCACGGUUUCCAUCUUAUUUUGUAGUCUCUACUGUACAAGAUGUUAUGAUUGCACAACAACAGUUGGAUUCACGUAAACAAGCAAAUGUUACUAUGGAAGAGGUGGCCGCAUGGGUAUUAGAAGGUGGAGGAGAAGCCGCAUCUCCUGUCGCGACUAGUUUCCUACAAGAUGUAGACACUAUUAUACGAGCCGUAACUUUUUUGAGAAAACGUCAAUUGCGUCAAGUGCCAACUACAUUUGCAGAAUUACAUGGAGUUCUUGUUCCUCCAUCAUCAGGAAAUGAUGGAGAUGCGAUGUUGGGUGUUUUACACCGGUAUGAUGUUGUAGAUGGGGUUUCUGCAAGUCAAGACAUUUCAUGGCAUAAAUACUCCAAGAAGGUUGUGCAACUCUCAUCACGUGAACUACAAGCAUUGAAAAUAAUGGAAUUGUUUCGAAAGAAUAUGUGUGGUACUGCUCAGUUAUACAGAGAGGCUAUUGAACCUUUUUUUCUUAAAUGCUACAAGGAAGUAGAAGUAGUAGUAACAGAAAAGGAAGGAGGAAUCACUAUGCCUCUUUCAUUUGUAGAACGUUGGUUACAAACAUCUCGUUUAUCAUUAAAACAAUCUGAUGUUAUUGAUAUUUUACGUGGAUGUAAACCUCCUAUUUUUCUUAAUGAAGAAACAAGUUGUAUUUGUUUAGGAAGUAUUACUGAAAAAAAAGAAACACAUAACACUCCUUUGGUAUCAAGAGAUAUUCCUUUCUCCGCAAAACCAUUAUUAUCAUCAUCAUCAUCAUCAUCAUCAUCAUCAUCAUCAUCAUCAUCAUUGCCCACUCCAUCCCCACCCCCACCCCCACUACCACCACCACCUGUAACUCAGCGAAAAGAGCAAUUAUUUACAUUUGAUGCCCAACUUUCGCGGGUUCUUAAUGCAUCACAACCGGAUGCUUUACUUCAUUUUGCAGAAACUACAAUUCAUGCAGUGUUUGUGAUUCUUCUACCACAUUUAUCCGCUCCUUCAGGUGUACGAUUGCAAACGCUACUUCGCCGGAUUCGUUGGAAUUCUGUUAUUUCCACUCUUGGAACUAUUUCAUCCUUUUUACAGGCCUUUGAUGGUCUCUUUUUUGAUGUCUUUCAUAACUUCAGUAGUGGUAGUAGUGAUACGGAAGAUAUGCUUAUAUCAGCACAUCGUGGACCUGUUGGAGCUUGGUUAUUAUAUGCACGCCUUAUUGCUCGUCUGUUUCCACCUGAAAAAGAUAUUCCACUGGGACUCAUCGCUGAAGGACUUGCGUGGAAUUUGCGAUUUGCACCACGAUUUGGUGAUCUCCCAUCACUUUUGCGGCGUGUUGGUCGUCAUUGUCGUGAUGGGUAUUUACUAGGGAAAGGUAACACAACAACAUCCAUAGCCUCUAUUGGUGAUAAUAAUAAUAAUAAUGAUGAUUAUAUGCUAUGGGAUCUAUUAAAUAAAAUACGACAAGAAGGACAACAGCUGGAAGGAAUAAAACCAAUAGAAGACCAACAACGGUUUGCAUUACUCAAACCAAAAUUACUUCUUCAGUACUUGCAAAACACAAGAUGGAGUGAAAAAUAUAAUAAUAAUGAUAAUAAUGAAACUAGUUUACAACUGGCAGAGAAAGCUGUAAGACGUUUUCCAUUAUUUUUUCAAUUACAAAGGGAACCAACAAGCGGUGAGACUCUUUUACGUGUUGCAUUUGAACACUCUCCUGUAACGGUUGGUCUUAAGGCAUUUGUUGAAGAGUAUGUUUGCCCUUUACUACGACAACAUCGUGGUAUUCGUAUUACAGAAUUGGAUAAUCGAUUAGGAUGGUCCCGGGGUUAUUUUGAUACUCAUCCUGCCGGUGUGCAAGCUGUGAAUGGUAUUUCUAGUUGUGCGUCACUUUACGGUGUAUUACGUCGAUAUGUGGAGGGGAUACAUCCACCACUACUUGUUCUCAAACAAGAAACAGAAGUAGAAUCAUUGCAUGAUACUGUAUUAGUGCAUCCUAACACAGAAAUCUACCAAAGUCCAGAAGACAUGCUAUUAGAAGUAAAUGGUUUAGAAGCAAUAGUAACUAAUAGUGAAAAUGGUAAUGGUAAUGGUGGUGUAUUACUACGUCCUUUAGGGAGACCUAUAUCGCUAUUUGAACUCCUCUCGGAGGAGAAGGAGUUGCAAGAGUCUGAUGAUGUGUUAAAUGUCUCUCGUACAGAAGAGUGGCGUAUAUUGCUGCAAUGUGAAGGUGAUGCUGCUGUACAGUGGGAAACGGAAUUAACGCAGAAUAGUGGUGAUAUUCUUGUCUGGUGUGGACCAGAAUAA